AUGUGGCUUGAUCGGCUCGCAGCCCAGUCGAACCCGUCUCCUUCACCGUCGCAGCCCGGCAGCCGUCCCUACUCUCCCCUGCCGCGACGAACCUCCAACAGUCCCUAUGUCACCUCUCAACGACCCGGCAUAACGCCAAGAGGCUCUGCCCUCUCCCUCGUUUCCAAUGACUCUUCCAACUCGUUUCUGGCCUCCCGCAAGGUCAACGGGUCCGGCCUCAAGCAAUCGCAAACUACCUACGAGGGACCCGAUUCGGUCGAAAUCCUGGGCCAGAUCCUGGAUACCCCCUCAUUGCCAACACCCGGCGUGAAUGGUACAGCCGGGGCCAUAGCUGAGAAGGAUCUCGAGUUCCAAUUCGACUUUAAUGGAAUGAGUCUGCGUGAGCUGGCGAGCUCCGACACCACGGCUACGGACGAUGCCGAUGGCUACCGCCGGCAAACCGCAGAAGAAUAUGAGACCAGCAAGGCCCAAUUUGAAGAUCUGCAUCGGUCCAUCGCAGCUUGCGACGGCGUUCUCAGCUCUGUCGAGACGAACUUGACGAGCUUCCGCAACGAUCUCGCGACGGUCUCCGCAGACAUAGAAACUCUGCAGGCCCGCUCGACAGCCCUCAAUGUCCGACUUGAGAACAGAAGAGCAGUGGAAAAGGCGUUCGGACCCGUGGUUGAGGAAUUGAGCGUCUCCCCCCAUGUCGUCUCCAAGAUAUCGGAAGGUCACAUCGACGAGACAUGGGUUAAAAUGCUAGCUGAAGUGGAUAAACGUGCAACAGCAUACAAGAAGAACACGGCCAGUCCGCGGCAGAGUAAAGCUUGGGCUGACCUCGGCCCUCUAUUGGAGAAGCUUACCAUGAAAGCCAUCGAAAGGAUACGAGACUUCAUUGUCGCCCAGAUCAAGGCGCUCAGGUCCCCCCACAUUAAUGCCCAGAUCAUCCAGCAACAGAACUUCCUCAAGUUCAAGGAUCUUUUUGCAUUCUUGCACAAACAUCACUCAAAGCUUGGUGAGGAAAUCAGCCAGGCUUACAUGAAUACUAUGAGGUGGUAUUAUGUGAAUCAGUUCACUCGAUACCAGAAGGCUUUGGAAAAGCUGAAACUACACACGUUGGAUAAGAAUGACGUCCUUGGACACGAAGAAACAUCACGAAGAGCCACAGUUUUAUCUGCAACAAAGCCGGUUGGUCCGCCGCACGAUGCUUUUAACCUGGGGCGCCGCAUCGACCUCUUGAAGACGAGCAAUCAAUCCGCGAUAUCAUCUUACUUGGCCGAGGAGGACCAGACCACUCACUACCUCGAAGUUCCUUUCAGAAACUUCAAUUUGGCGCUCAUUGACAACGCCACUGCAGAGUAUACCUUCCUAGCCGCCUACUUCUCACCGCCGCUUUCAUUAGCAGCAGUGUCGCGGCAAUUCAACUACAUCUUCGAACCGACCUUCGCUCUCGGUCAGACAUUGACCAGGACGUUGACGAAUGAAACAUACGACGCUCUGGGUCUACUUCUGUGCAUCAGGCUCAAUCAGCACUUGGCGUUUGAGCUACAAAGACGCAAGAUUCCCGCCGUUGAUAGCUAUAUCAACAUGACUACCAUGCUCCUAUGGCCUAGGCUACAGGUUGUCAUGGACCACCACUGCGAGUCGGUCCGGCAACUAACCAAUAUUCUGCCCACUAAGCCCAAGGCUGCGGAUCAGAACAAGCUGUCUGCAGCGCCUCAUCUCGUCACCCAAAGAUUUGGCCAGAUCCUACAGGGUGUCUUGACGCUCAGCGCCGAGGCGGGUGAUGAUGAACCCGUGGUCACUAGCUUACGGCGGUUGCGUUCAGAAGCGGAAGCCUUCUUGACUCGAUACAGUCAAUCCUUCGGGGACAAGCGGAAGCGUGAGCGGUUUUUAUACAACAACUACUCGCUGGUUUCGACCAUCAUCAGCGAUGUGAGUGGGAAGCUGGCUACGGAACAACAGGAACAUUUCGAAGAACUCAAGACGGCAUUCCAGGAGGGUGCUUAA